UAAUUCACACACUUAAUUACUUUUGACUCUACAAAACUGUCACCCCAAAUAUAAUAUAUAUAUAUACAUUCCUUUCAUACCCUUUUCUUAUUUAUAUACAACACCACUCUUCAUCUCCCUUUGCUUCCUCCUACACCCCACCAAUAUUUUCUCCCCUUCUUCUCUUCUCUUUCUUCCCUUUUUCUUUUAUUUUUAGGUGGUGUAGGAAAUGGAAGCUCAAGAGGAAGUCAUCGAGGUCGCGACCACCAUCAAAGGAAAGCGAACCAAGCGGCAAAGGGUACAAUCGCCGAUUCCUUUUGGUAAUUUGACUGCUAAUUCGUCGAGCGGAGAUGGAGAUGGAGACGGAGACGGAGAUGGAGAUAGAGACAGAGACGGAGAUAUAGACGUGGACACAGACGGAGAUACUAAUAUCAAGAAUUGUACCAACUUGUCACCUGCUAGUUCUGAAGAAUUUCAAGAAAGCACACAAGAAGAAGAAGACAUGGCUAAUUGUCUUAUCCUUCUCGCUCAAGGUCAUAAUACCAACAAUAAUAAUAAUAUUAACAAUAUUACUGUUAAUAAUCAUUUCAAAUACUCGUCGUCGCCAAAGCAAGAUUACUAUGACAAUGAUGCCGGAGUAUACAGCCCUAAUUCCACCACCACCACCACCAAAUUCAGCAGUAGGAAAUUCUUGGAAACUGGGUCCCCGGGUUCCGGCAAGGCCGGAUACUAUGUUUAUGAGUGCAAGACUUGUAACCGGACAUUUCCAUCAUUUCAAGCAUUAGGAGGGCAUAGGGCAAGUCACAAGAAGCCAAAGCUAAAUAUUGAAGAGAAGAAACAGUUUACAUUAUCAUCUGAUGAAGAAGAAGGUCACUUGAAUAGUUCUUCUCUUUCGCUACAAUUAAGCAGUAAUCAUAAUCACAGAGGUGUUAUUUAUAGCAGUAGCAGCAGCAAUAAUAAUCAUCAUAACAAGAACAAGAUUCAUGAGUGUUCUAUUUGUGGAGCGGAGUUCACCUCUGGUCAAGCCUUAGGCGGCCAUAUGCGGCGGCACCGGGCACCUAUAACGGCGGCCGGAAGUAAUAAUAAGGGCGGAGGCUUGUCAUUAACAACAAGAAUGGCAAUGGAAUCUGAACAACAGCAAGUCAAGAAAGCAAGAAACCUAAUUUCUUUGGAUUUGGAUCUAAAUCUUCCUGCCCCAGAUGAGGAAAAGUUGCCCUUUGCUUCGAAGCAACAAAAACAACCACCACAACAACAAAAGCAACAGCAAGAAGAGCAACAAAAACCAAAACCACCUCUUGUCUUCUCCGGCCCGGCUUUGGUGGAUUGUCAUUACUAAAGAAGGUCAUAAUUCUUCUUUUUUGUUUGAUUUUGUUUUUUUGUAAAACACAUAUUUUUGUUUAUAUUUAAUUAUAUUUGUUCCUUA